AUGCGUUUCGCCGUGUGCUUUGCUGCUGGGCUUCUGGGAGCGGCGCUACAGCGCUCCACCGGCGACGCCCGCCCAGCGGAGUGUUACCGCAGUAUCGAGAACGCCCUGCAGUUCCGCAACAAGAAGCGCCCGGGCGAAGUCUUCUCACAGCGCUACAAGCCGUACCGGCUGGGGGAGGUGGUCCCAAUCACACAUGACACCGCCCUUUUCCGGUUUCUCCUCGAGCCCGACGAGGAGUUCAACUUGAAGCCAUGCUCCACGCUGCAGGCGUGCUACAAGUAUGGCGUGCAGCCAAUGGAUCAGUGUCAGCGCUUCUACACGCCCGUCACAGCAAACCACACGAAGGGCUACUUUGACCUCAUCGUGAAGCGCCAGAAGGAUGGCCUCAUGACGAACCAUCUCUUUGGCAUGCAUGUGGGCGACAAGCUGCUGUUUCGCUCAGUUGCAUUCAAGGUGCAGUACAGGCCCAACAAGUGGAAGCACGUGGGCAUGGUAGCGGGCGGCACCGGCUUCACGCCUAUGCUGCAGAUCAUACGUCACUCACUGACGGAGAAGUGGGACGAUGGCACUGUGGACAAGACAAAGCUCUCAUUCCUCUUCUGCAACCGCACAGAGAAGCACAUACUGUUGAAGGGCGUCUUUGACGAUUUGGCGGAGCGUUUCCCUAAACGGUUCAAGGUGUACUACACAGUCGACCAGCCGGUGGACCCCGAUAGCUGGCCUCACUUCGUCGGCCGCGUGUCCAAGGAGAUGGUACAGAAGUCGAUGCCCGCACCAGAUGAAAAGAGCAUGAUUAUUAUGCUGUGCGGCCCCGACCAGCUGCUGAACCACGUGGCAGGCACCCCGAUGGGGACGAUGAGCGCCAUGUCGAGCGGCAUGAACAUUCAGCCCCUUGCGCCAGAUCUCAACAACCUCGUACAGCUCGGUGGCAUUUUGGGUGAGCUCGGCUAUUCGAACGACGAUGUGUACCGCUUCUAG